AUGCCCCUUGAGCAAGUUCUCAUGCAAAUCAAGGAUGGUCCUUCCUUGAAGUGGCUGGAGAAAAUGAAAGGAGAUCCCAACAAACGCAAUAGGAACAAGUAUUGCUGCUUCUAUAGAGACCAUGGGCACGAUACAAAUGAAUUUUACGAUCUGAAACAGCUGAUUAAAAAUCUUAUUAGACAAGGAAAGUUGAGAAAUUUCCUUGGACGAGAGCAUAAGGAUGAGAAGUUGAAAGGGAAGGUAAAAGAGUCGUCACAACCCCCGCUUGGAGAGAUAAGAGUUAUUAUAGGAGGAAGUUCAGCAGGUCAGUCGUCCAAGUCCAAGAAGAUGUAUCUAAAAGUAGUGCAGAAUGUUCAGCUCUCUAGACGAUCGCUAAGGACAAGGACCACGGACGAGCAAGCAAUCACGUUCGUGGAUGAGGAUGCUGAAAGAGUUCAUCACCCUCAUGACGAUGCCAUCGUUAUUACUUUGUUUAUUGCCGACUAUACAACUAGAAGGGUGUUAGUGGACAAUGGAAGUUCAGCAGAUAUUUUAUAUUACCCUGCCUUUCAGCAAAUGAGGCUCAGACGAGACCAACAUCGUCCAAUAAACUCGCCCUUGGUAGGUUUCGGUGGAAUGAAGGUGCAGCCUGUGAGCACUGUUACAUUACCUGUGGUGGUGGGGGCAUAUCCACAACAGGUAGCCAAGGACGUGAAUUUCUUGGUGGUAGAUUGUUCAUCCUCCUACAAUGCUAUAAUUGGAAGACCAACUUUAAAUAGUUGGAAAGCAGUUAUGUCUACUUACCACCUGUCAGUCAAAUUUCCAACAGAGCAUGGGAUAGGACAAGUGCAGGGAGAUUAG